AUGGAGGAUCACCGCCCCGGACACGCUGGCGAGCAGCGGAUUCCGGGCCGGCCUUUCCCCCGGGAAUCUGAUAUGAACGUUAGCCAGCGGCCAACAGUCGACAGACCCCAACCGGAACCGGAGCCGCGAGGGACUCCGGGGUUUCGAACGCCCGCGACGCACGCCCCGUCCCGCCGGUGGAGGAGGGUGGGGGCAGAUGCGCCGCGAACGCUCAAGCUGACCGGCGGUCGAAGGGGCCACCGGCGGUGCCGAUGGCGCCCUAGACCACACCGGAGGAGCUCGUCCGGGCAUGGAAAAGGGUCGCGGGUCGCGACGAGGCGGCGCGGUUGGCGGUCUCGAGGGGCCGGGAUGCCCGUCGCCUCGCGACCAGCCGUGACUGCGGAGGAAGCUUCCCGGGUGCCCACCGAUACCGGCAGACCCAACCGCCGCGACGCGGCUCACGUUGCAGGCAUGAGGCACCGACACGUCCCGACUGGAGACGCCGUGUCUUCCCGCCUACAACUACCUCCGGAGCCGUUUCUCCAUGGAUCCUGUCAAACUGCGCUCGCCGUACCGAAAAUCUGUGUCGGGGGAACCGAUUUGUAUGUGUCUGAUCGAAACUGGGCCCCACUGCCGCCUGGGCCACAGCGCUCCUUCCCGUCGACCGAGCUGAGAUCGAAUGGCCUUUGA